AUGAUCGACAAGGCAGCUUGUGGAGGACCCCGUGCCACAGCAGGCCCAAGUUCUUUAGGUAACAUUGUAGAAGAUGUUACACAUCCAUGUAAUCCGAAUCCAUGUGCAGCUAAUCAGUUAUGUGAAGUAAAUAGAAAAGGAUGUCAAUCUGGAGAACUGUGUCUUCCAUAUUUGUGUGUGCCAGGUUGCAAACUGGGGGAAGCCUCAGAUUUUAUUGUCCGUCAAGGUACACUUAUUCAAGUUCCAUCCUCAGCUGGUGAUGUUGGUUGUUACAAGAUUUGUACCUGUGGACACAGUGGCUUGCUAGAAAACUGUAUGGAAAUGCAUUGUGUUGACCUCCAAAAAUCAUGCAUUGUUGGAGGACAAAGAAAAAGCCAUGGAACAUCCUUUAAUAUAGAUUGUAAUGUCUGUUCAUGUUUUGCUGGAAACUUGAUAUGUUCUACACGUCAGUGUCUAACUGAGCAUAGUUCAGAAGAUGAACGUCGGAAAUUUACAGGUUUACCAUGUAACUGUGUAGAUCAGUUUGUACCAGUAUGUGGUCAAAAUGGACGCACGUAUCCAAGUGCAUGUAUAGCUCGCUGUGUUGGGCUCCAGGACAAUCAAUUUGAAUUUGGAUCAUGCAAUGCCAAGGAUCCUUGUAACCCUAACCCUUGUAAUAAAAAUCAGAGGUGCAUACCAAAGAAACAAGUUUGCUUGACUAGUUUUGGAAAGUUUGAAUGUAGCCAGCAUGAAUGUGUGCCAAGGCAGUUAAAUUGUGACCAGACACGGGAUCCUGUUUGUGACACAGACAAUGUGGAAUACAGUAACUUGUGUACUUUGUACCAAAAAGGAAAAAGUUUAGCAUACCGAGGACCAUGCCAGCCGUUUUGCAAAUCGUUGGAACCUGUAUGUGGACAUAACGGGGAAACUUACAGCAGCGUCUGUGCUGCCUAUUCCGACCGUGUGGCUGUUGACUAUUACGGACACUGUCAGGCCGUAGGCGUUCUCUCAGACUAUGGUUUUCAUACAGAAUGUGCCUUUGUUAAAUGUCCCCAGCUUUCUGCUACUGGCUGCAAACCGGUUAUUGCACCAGGAGCCUGCUGUCCACUAUGUGCUGGAAUGCUGAGAAUCUUAUAUGACAAGGACAAGCUGGAUACUUUUGCAAGGGUAACAAAUAAAAAGCCUAUAACAGUACUUGACAUACUUGAAAAAAUCCGCCUGCAUGUCUCAGUGCCACAGUGUGAUGUGUUUGGAUACUUAAGCAUAGAAUCUGAAAUUGUGGUUCUCAUCAUUCCUGUGGAUCAGAACCCCAAACCAUUGCAGAUUGAAGCCUGCAAUAAAGAAGCAGAAAAGAUAGAAUCACUGAUAAAUUCAGACAGUCCAACAUUAGCAUCACACGUACCGCUGUCAGCUCUAAUUGCAUCUCAAGUACAAGUUUCAUUUAGCAUUUCUUCUCCUUCUGUUAAAGUGGUGCCUGUUCUGCACUCCAUGUUCAUAAGCCUUUUAUUCACCGUGUCAGGAUUAAUAUAUUAUAUAUAACUGCUUAGAAAAUAUGCAUGAGUAUUGCAGUGUUUUAUAUUGUGAAGGACAUUCAGAAUUGUUGAUCACUGAACCAGAAAACAAAAAUUGUAGAAGAUUUGAUGAACUAAUA